GAAAUUUUUGCGGCUGAUCGUCUUGUGAUACCGGAUUUACAAGUAACGAAAAUGGACAACUUUAAGAGUCUCUGUGUCGGGGCCAGUGACUGGAUCGAGAUCGAAGAAUGCAAUGAGAAGGACCUUGCUAACUGGCUUCGGUGUGCCCGGAACCUGGGCUAUUACAUUGUCGGUAUCGAGCAGACUUCGUCAAGUGUGUCCCUUUGUGAAUUCCAGUACCCCGACGCUCCUACAGUUUUGCUUCUCGGGAAAGAGAAAGAGGGUAUCCCUGUUGAAUAUCUGCAGCUUGUCGAUCAGUGCGUCGAGAUUCCGCAACUGGGUAUCAUCCGGAGUCUUAACGUGCAUGUAUCUGGUGCA